CUGUAAUACAAGUAGGUAUAUACAGUAUCACCGGUAACAAUUGUGUACAAGCCACCUAGCUAAUAAAAUACUGGGGCUUGCGGUCAUUAGUUACAUUUCAACCACAGCGAUUCCCCAAUUGAGGCGCAACAGAGUUCACCCGCAAAUGCAGGAACACCGGAAAUAAUAACUAAACCAACGAAUGAGAAAUGGUGGAGGCUACCAGAACGAAGAGACAUUUUAUCCGAAUAAACGUGAAGAAGAGGUCUGCUGGACGGAGAAAGAAGCUCUGGGGCUGAACAUUGUCGUGAAAGAGGAGAAGGAAGAGGAGGAUGUCACAGUAAAACAAGAGGUAGAGGGUGAGGCUGUUACAGUGAAAGAAGAAGAGAAAGACGUUACAGUGAAAGAAGAGGAAGACUCGUUCAGAGUGAAAGAGGAGGAGGAUGUUACAGUAAAAGAAGAGGAGGAAGAGAAAGAGGAGGAUGCCAUUUUUGGAGUGAAGGAGGGAGAGAUAACUGUCACAUUGAAGGAAGAACAUGAGCAGGAGGAGGAGACAGGCGAUCUGAUUAACACCAGAGAGAGACCAGACUCUGACAGCGGGAAGAGUUCCUCAGAGGAAACAGACCCGGAGACGCCUAACCAACACCACUGCUCCCACUGUGGAAAGAGUUUUAGGUGGUUAGGGAGCCUGAAAAUGCAUGAGAGAAUACAUACAGGAGAAAAGCCCUACCACUGUUCCCACUGUGGAAAGAAUUUUACUCAGUUAGGGGCCCUGGUUGGGCAUGAGAGAACACACACAGGAGAGAAGCCUUAUCACUGCUCCCACUGUGGAAAGAGUUUUAGGUGGUUAUGGGUCCUGAAAAAGCAUGAGAGAAUACACACUGGAGAGAAGCCUUAUCACUGUUCUCACUGUGGAAAUAGUUUUAGGUGGUUGGUGAGCCUGAAAACGCAUGAGAGAAUACACACAGGAGAAAAGCCUUUUCAAUGUACCCAGUGUGAAAAGAGUUUUAGGUGGUCAGGGAGUUUGAAAAAGCAUGAGAGAAAACACACUGGAGAAAAGCCUUUCCAACAUACUAAUACACAGGAGGGGAAGACAUAUCACUGCUCUCAUUGUGAAAAGACAUUUUCCCAGUCAGAGGAUCUGAAAUCACACGAGAGAAUAGAGAGGCUGUGUUCUGACUUGUGUUUUUGACUGAGAAUUUGUCCACGGCCAAUAUUCACAGGGCCAGGAACACAUGAAAAAAAAUAAGCAGCGGACACUUCUGAACGUUUAUCCAACAGACCUGUACAUCCAUGAAUGGAUCUCUAUAAUGUGUAACUAUUUCUGAUCUAUGUAUUGUUUAAUUGUACGGUUUAUUUAUCUGUGGUUUUAUUUCAACAGAUUUUACUGAUGCUAUUAGAUUGCUGGGUGGGGGGGUUUAUAUAUACAGUGCCUUCAGAAAGUAUUCACGCCCCUUGACCUGCCCCACAUUUUGUUGUGUUACAGCCUGAAUUUCAAUUGGAUUCAAUACCCCAUAAUGUCAAAGUUUACAAAUGUAAUUAAAAGCCUAAUUAAGUUCAGGAGUAAAGAUUUAGCUGAAAAAGUCACAUGAUAAGUUGCAUGGACUCACUCUGUGUGCAAUAAUAGUGUUUAAUAUGAUUUCUGAAUGCAUACCUCAUCUCUGUACCCCAUACAUACAUUUAAUGAUCUGUAUAAUGCCCCUCAAUCGAGCAGUGAAUUUCAAACACAGAUUCAACCACUAAGACCAUGGAGGUUUUUCAACGCCUCGCAAAGUGGGGCACCAAUUGGUAGAUGGGAAGAAAGAAAGAAAAAACAGACAUUGAACAUCCCUUUGAGCAUUAUGGAGUUAUUAAUUACACUUUAGAUGGUGUAUCAAUAAACCCAGUCACUACAAAGA